AUGAGCCGCGGAGCAGUAGGAGGUGCCGCCGGCGCCAAGGGCAAGAAGAAGGGAGUCACCUUCACCAUCGACUGCGGUAAGCCUGUCGAGGACAAGAUCAUGGACAUCGCCUCACUCGAGAAGUUUCUCCAGGAGCGCAUCAAGGUCGGCGGCAAGGCCAGAGCUCUCGGCGAUGCAGUCGUCAUCACUCGCGAGAAGUCCAAGAUCACCGUUACCUCUGAUUCCAACUUCUUCAAGCGGUACCUGAAGUACUUGACGAAGAAGUACUUGAAGAAGCACAAUGUCAAGGAUUGGCUUCGUGAGAUUGCUUCCAACAAGGACCAUUCCAUUUACGAACUGAGAUACUUCAACAUCGCCGAGAACGAAGGCGAGGAGGAAGAUUAA